ACGGUACGGUGCAUGGUUCCUUCCAAAUCCGAUUGACUUUGACCAGCUGCCGAUGUUGACGCCUCCUACGAAUGGCUGCCCCCACCGGCCCACGUGUGCCCGGCCGCAGAGCAACUGGGUCGCUACAAAAUGCACCAGCCCCGCCGCCCCGCUCUGAUGCAUCUAUCGCCGAUCACAUCCCAGUCAUCCGUCACAAGCUAGAUGCCGCGCUCUGACCGUAUGACCAGGCUUGUCCCCCUGCAGCUGCUCGUGGUGGUCGUCGGAGCAGCAGCCAUCACCGUCGCAACGGCAUCGGCGGCGCACGUCGACUCCUUCAGCUACCCGACCUUCGACGCCACCACGACGCAGGACCUCGUGGCGGCAACAAACACCUCCAUCCUGACGUCGGCCUCCCUCCUCUUCGGCCACGACGCCGACUUCAACUUCAACCGCACCGAGGGCUUCAUCCUGCUCUCGCGCACCGUCGACGUCUGGCGCGCCGGCCCCGGCGGCGGGCCGGCGCGCGAGGCCUCCUUCAACACCAGCUUCGCGCUGAGCGGCGCCGCGCCCGUCGCGUACGUCGUACUCCGCGACAGCUACCCGCCGCUGCACGGCACGGGCGGCCUCCGCGGCUUCGCCAACUACAGCGCGUCGGACGCCGAGGAUGGCGCCACCCCCCGCAACGCCUCCAGCGGACUCGCGUCCGUCGAGGUAGGCCCCGUGCGGUCGUACGGCCCGGACGACCCGGCCGUUGGCCUCAACGUCACCGUCACUCCCACCGGCGGCACGGCGCCUGGUGGUGGUGGUGGCGGUGGCGGCGCGCGCGCCGUGUGGAUCGAGUACGACGCCGCCAAGCACAGGCUGUCCGUGUACGUCGCCGCCGCGGGGGAGCCGAGGCCGGCCGCCGCUCUCCUCGACGCGCGCCUCGGGCUCGCUGGACGUCGCACCACCGAGACAGCCAUGGUCGGCUUCUUCGCUAGCGCCAUCCAAGACGUUCUCGUCGGCGUACGUGACUGGAACCUGACGGUGGACAGGCUCGACACUUCUGAGGGUGGCGGGAGGAAGGAGGGUGCCGCGUGCUGGGUCUUCGUACUGCUGGCGGUGCUUGGGUCCGUGGCAGCCACGGCCUGAAUGCCAUCAUCGUCGUGGCGGUGUUCUCUACUCCAGUCAAGAAAGGCGGGGUCGGCAGCACAUGGGGCACGGCCUCUCAUUUACUGCCACCUAUACAGCUAGCCGCCAUCGUCGUCGUGGCGGUGUGCUGUGCUCUACUUUGUUCAGGAAAGGCGGUGUCGUCGGCAGCGCAUGGAGGAUACAGGAUAUAUGUAACCAGUAAUAUCUCAUUUAAUUUGUUGCCACGUAUGUACACGCUUAUUAACAACCCUGAUUUAAUAGAACUUACUACGAAGGAUGGGUUGUUUAUAAGUCAUUCAACUUUCAUGUUGAUUUAAGCAUACGAAGUUUGACUAAAAAUAAUAAUAUUUAUGAUAACGAAU